CUUCCGCGUGCUCCUCACCGGAUAAGGGUAAGAGUAAUUACUUUGGACAAGCUUGACGCACCACAACAACUCAACUGCGACCUCCCGACUCAAGCCGUCUUUUUUUUUUCAGCGUUUCUAUUCAGUAGUCUUCAUGCCAUCUCUUGGCCGCUUUCCCAAUCGGCAUGUUCAUACACUCAAAACUCACCAUGGCCCCGUUAAUACCGUGACCUUUUCUAGCUACCCCGGGACCUAUGUAUUGACUGGCUCGUCCGAUAGAGCAAUUCAUUUAUCGCGAGCCCUGCCCAGCUCCAAUUCGAACUCAGUAGCUGAAACGAUCCAGCCUAUUCAGAGGUACGAAGCGCAUGGGUAUUCUGUCCUCGAUAUCGCCGUCAGCGCGGAUAAUGCACGAUUCACAAGUGUUGGUGGAGAUAGACAGGUUUUCCUAUGGGAUGUCGAACAAGGUUCGACCGUUAGACGAUGGACCGGUCACUUGAGUCGAGUCGAGGCCGUGCAAUUUGCUGGCGAGGGAGAUUCGGUAGUCGUCUCUGGGAGUGCCGAUACUACGAUCAAUCUGUGGGAUACGAAAUCUAACUCUACCAAACCCAUUCAGAGCCUGACUGACGCUACGGAUACUGUUUCUUCGCUUCACGUGCAUGCGCCGACACAUUCAAUUGCUAGCGGAAGUUACGAUGGAAAGGUUCGGAUAUACGAUCUUCGCAUGGGCCAGGCCACUGUGGAUGUCAUCGCACACCCAGUGACAAGCGUUCGCUGUUCGGCCGAUGGCCAUGCCGUACUGGUCUCGAGUCUCGACGGUCGGAUCCGGAUGUUGGAUCGAACCAAUGGGAAAUUAUUGAAGGCGUUUGGUGGAGAUGACCAGAUUGAAAGGCUAGGACAGCAACGAUACUUGAAUAAGUCUCUCAGAAUACGUUCUGUCUUUGCCCAAGGAGGUGCUGUGGUCCUCGCUGGCAGUGAAGCUGCAGACAUAGAGAAGAAACAGAGCACAAGUCAAGCAUCGGUGUUUGCCUGGGAUGUUCUGAGCGGCGAGAAUAUCGCCACAAUUGCAGCAGGAGACGGCGUGAAGGCUGUCAGUUGCGUUUCAUGGAACGAAAAGGGAGGCUGUUGGGCUAGCGCCUGUGCAGACGGCACCGUCAAAGUCUACAGUUGAUCAGAUAACAUGGACCAGCCGAACAUCCGGAUUCUUUGCUGCCAAUGAGCGACUGCGCUGUAUUAUGUCAGGGCCACGUGCCGCAGCCUGAAGCUGUUCAGUCGCUGCGAGAGAUUAUUAGCGGCAUCGUCGGGAGACUUAGUUGCACUCGCCCACUGCAGCGCCACGCCAGACAAGCUGCCAACCUUCUAUCCAGCACG